AUGUCACAAGACACUAUCGACACCUUUAUGGCCAUCACCAGCGCUGAAAGCAGCGAACUUGCUCAACAUUUCCUGGAGAUGGCUGGCGGAAAUUUGGAGACAGCAAUUUCUCUCUUUUUUGAACACGGCGGAAAUGCCCAAUUGAACAAUCGGAACUCAAACACUAGCAGCAUAUUGCCUGCUGGGAACUCGCAGUUUGAUGAACAGCCGAAUGACGACGGUUACAGGGCACCGGACCCAGCUCGCCAUGAGGCUCUAGUUGACACACAUGUAUUCUCCUCAACUUUUGGUGGUGUCGGAGGGCGCUUCGAACCCUUGCGCCAUGUUAGAGGGAUGUUUGACGAAACUAGGCCACAAGGUAUUUUCAAUCAGCAACUGAACAUAGAAGAGGGCGACGAGGAUUCCGAGUUUUCAGAAGAAGAGAAUUAUGAAUCCGACCAUGUUUACGAGGAGGAGACAGUUAUGGAAAUAGAUGAAGAUGGCGCAAUACGCGAACACAGAAAGCUUGUCCGGAAGCCGCGCGCAGUAACCAAAGAACAAAGGCUUGCUAUGCUUUUCAAGCCACCUUUUGACAUGAUGGCCAAGGUUGAUUUAGAUGGAGCGAAAAUUCGUGGACGAGAGAGGCAGAAAUGGAUAAUGAUCAACAUUCAAGCUGUGGAUAUUUUCCAGUGCCAGGCAAUCAAUCGAGACAUUUGGGCACACAAAGAUGUGAAAAAGCUGGUUAAAGAAAACUUCAUUUUUCUGCAGUACCAGUUUGAUUCUCAAAAUGCACAGCCUUAUAUUCAGUUUUACGGUCCGCAUGACAAGGAAGAGCUGCCUCAUAUUGCCAUUCUUGAUCCCAUCACGGGUGAGAGAGUCAAACAAUGGAAUCAUGAUGUUCCAAAUUUGCAUUCAUUUAUCGAAGAAGUGACUGUCUUCUUAUCACAAUUUUCACUGCAUCCAGGCUCGACAAACCCUACUGUAAGGGAGCCAACACCAAAACUGGAUCCUACCUUGCUCUCUGAGGAGCAACAAAUGGAAUUAGCGAUUCAGGAAUCUUUGAAUCGCGACAGAACUGCAGGUCCAACCGUGGAUACCGGUGAGCCUGCGGACACCGAACUUUUGAAGAGCAACGACCAGCAUGCAAGCGUUCAAGGACCAACUGAGGAUCCGCAUGUACCUCUUUUCAAUUCAAUUUUGCCUCUUCAGCAUCCCGAGCCGUCAAAUCAGCUCGGUGUAACAACGAGAAUUCAAAUUCGGAUAGGCGAUGGUCGGAGGCUGGUAAGAAGAUUUAAUGCCAUGGAAGAUACAGUACGUACCAUAUUUGAGGUGUUAAAAAGUGAAGUCGAUGGACUUGGCUCUCAGUACUUCACAUUGAGCGAUCACGCAAGGGAGAACCUCCUCGAUAAGCUAGACGAGACAAUCAGUGACGCUGGCUUAAAAAAUAGCUCACUUUUACUUGAACUUAUAUCAGAAUGA